AUGAAUUUUAUUGUUUUAUCUAUUUUAUAUAUAAUUUAUUUUUUUGUUACCUUUACAUUAGGUAAUGAUAGAAAAAUAAAAUGCCUUCAAAGUUAUAAUCCUCAUUCAACUCAUCCACCUAUACUAAAAGAAUGUCCUAUUGAAGAUGAUAGUUGUAUUGUAAUUUAUAGAAAAGGUGAUGUACUUCCAAGGUAUAAUUGUUUAUCAAAAUUUGAAAAUGUUAGUCCUCAAUUCAUGGGAAUUAAAUGUGCAAAAACACCAAAUACAGCUACAUGUUUUACUUCACAUUCUAAUGGAUAUAUUCACAAAGUUUUUAUUCAUCGUGUAAUAGAUUUACCAAUAAGUUAUGUACUUGACAGAGCUGAUAUUGAUAAAUUUUGUUGUUGUCAAAGUAAUGAAUGUAAUUAUGAUAAUGAACAAAUAGAAAAUUAUUUUUUAAGAAUAGAUUCUAAUAAUGAUGAUGAACAUUUACAUAUUCAAGCACCAAAUUAUUAUAUUAGAAAUAAUGCAAAUAUAAAAUCUUUAUCAUUUACAUCAUAUUUUUUUAUUUUUUUUAUAAUUCCUGCCAUUCUUCUUACAAUUGUUUAA